CUGAAGUGAGGGCUGUCCAGACGCAAGGUUUCCGGAGAAAGACAGUGCUUGAGCAUCGUCAGUUUUCCUAAGGUCUGACUUGUUAAAAGAAUCCUGGUUCAUUACUACAAUGGCCACUGCUCAGCUCUCUCACUCUAUCAAAAUUCAUAAGGCAUCUAAGGAAACAGUUUUUCCAUCCCAAAUCACUAAUGAGCAUGAGUCAUUGAUAAUGGUGAAGAAGCUUUUUGCUACUUCUAUUUCAUGUAUAACAUAUCUAAGAGGCCUGUUUCCAGAGAGCUCUUAUGGAGAACGCCAUUUGGAUGACCUCAGUUUAAAAAUCCUUCGAGAAGAUAAAAAAUGUCCUGGGUCACUGCAUAUUAUCAAAUGGAUCCAAGGUUGUUUUGAUGCUUUGGAAAAGAAAUACCUACAUAUGGCAGUACUUACACUUUUCACAAAUCCCAAGGAAGCUGAGAAGGUGACUGAGAUAUACCAGUUCAAAUUCAAAUACACAAAAGAAGGAGCCACAAUGGAUUUUGACAGCAGUAGUGCAAGCUUUGAAAGUGGGACAAACAGUGAAGAUAUUAAGAAAGCCAGUAUUUUACUGAUCCGUAAAUUAUAUAUACUGAUGCAGAACCUUGGACCCCUUCCUAAUGAUGUUAUACUUACUAUGAAACUCCACUACUAUAAUGCAGUGACUCCACAUGAUUACCAACCCCCUGGUUUUAAAGAAGGGGUAAACUCACACCUCCUGCUGUUCGAGGGGGAGCCUGUUAACCUGCAAGUGGGAUUGGUCUCCACUGGUUUUCAUAGCAUGAAAGUAAAAGUCACAACUGAGGUCACCAGAGUGUCUGAUUUGGAGAACAAUCUCUUUCAGGAGAACAGCACUACCGAGAUUGCUCAUCAGGGUCUAGACUUUGAUGAGGAAGAAGAGGAAUGCAACAAUCACAUUCAAAGAAUGAAUUUCGCGUACAGUCAGCAAAGUUCUGAGAGCUCCAGGAAGAAGAGGAAGGUCAGCGAACCAGUGAAAGCCUUCAUCCCUGACAGAAAAUGAAAGUUAGAUGCCUUCGCUGCAUUUAUUCUAAAAUAAUUUUAUUUUGCAACAAACAUGCAUGAAGUAUCUUAAUUAGGAAAGUAAGUUCAAAAAAAAAAAAAAAAAAGGAAGGAAAGUAAGUUCCUAUCACCAAAACCUUUAACUAAAUUUGUUGCUCAACUUUUUUAGUCAGUUUACUAAGUGCUAAAUUACUGGGUAGGACAUGGGUUCACUUUGCCACAAGGAAACAAGGUCACCAGGGCUGCCUUGGGAUAGCAUUACUUCAAGGCUGAGUUAGAGACGAGACACCCUUUAUAUUUGUAAAAGAACCACAGCAGCUAUUUUGAAAAGAAAUAAGCUGUUGUUCUCAAAGGAGGAGGAUUUUCUUUGCAUAACUAAACUCCCCAGGUAUUUAGUCUACUGUGAAAUGUUGUAACUUGUUGUAACCCGUAUACUGGAAUCCCUCUAUAGCUUUAUUAGAAUUCCCACAGAAUUACAUAGGAUGUAUGUGGUGGUGCUUAUGCAGGUGUGAUUUUUUUAUGUUAGCUUCAAUCACGAGAUUGAUCAGCUAAGUGUUGAACCAAAAUGUACUCUCCCUGUAAAGUUUCUCAAAUCUGGCCCUACGUCCUGCUCUGUUGGCCACCUGAGACAAGCAAUAGGCUGCAGUGCAGGAGCCUGGCUCCCUUCUUAAGGCCUACAUUGAAUGCUUCCCAACAAACACUUCAGUUUAUCAUUCUGUUACCUGCAGAUGAUGUUAUUAGUUCCCUUCAUAUUCUGGGAGAAUUUUGAUAGACUUGAUGAUUAUUAUUAGAUGAACAAUAAAUGACUUAAAAGUGUUUUUAUUAUUUAAUAACAUGGAAUUUAAUAAUUUAAUGUAAAUGGAUAGGACCAAUAGGUUAAAUGUUG